AUGGUAUUUGCAAGUUUAGAACAUAUAUUAACUCAUAUAUCGUUUUCGGUCGUAUCUAUUUUAAUUUCAAUUCAUUUGAUAACCUUAUUAUUUGUCAAAGAAAUCAUAGGAUUAUCUGAUUCGUCCAAAAAAGGCAUGAUAAUAACUUUUUUUUGUAUAACAGGAUUGUUAGUUACUCGUUGGGUUUUUUCAGGCCAUUUACCGUUUAGUGAUUUAUAUGAAUCAUUAAUAUUUCUUUCAUGGACUUUUUCCAUUUUUUAUAUGGUUCCUUGCUUCAAAAAAUCUAAAAACUACUAUUUAAAUACAAUAAUAACACCAAGUGUUAUUUUUACCCAAGGCUUUGCUACUUCGGGGCUUUUAACGAAAAUGCAUGAAUCGUUAAUAUUAGUACCUGCUUUACAGUCCCAUUGGUUAAUGAUGCACGUAAGUAUGAUGAUAUUGGGUUAUGCAACUCUUUUAUGCGGAUCAUUAUUAUCAGUGGCUAUUUUAGUCAUUACAUUUCAAGAACUCAUACAAAUUAUUGGUAAAAGCAAGAAUUUCUAUUUUUUAAAUGAAUCAUUUUCUUUUGCUGAAAUCAAAUACAUGAAUAUGACUGAUAAAAAUAAUGUUUUACAAAAAACUUCUUUUUUGUCUUAUAGAAAUUAUUAUAGAUCUCAAUUUCUUCAACAAUUGGAUCGUUGGGGUUACCGUACUAUUAGUCUAGGUUUUAUCUUUUUAACGAUAGGUAUUAUUUCAGGAGCAGUAUGGGCUAAUGAGGCAUGGGGAUCAUAUUGGAAUUGGGAUCCAAAGGAAACUUGGGCUUUUAUUACUUGGACUAUAUUCGCGAUUUAUUUACAUACUAGAAAAAAUAAAAAAUUGGAAGAUCUAAAUUCUUCAAUAGUCGCCUCCAUAGGUUUUCUUAUAAUUUGGGUAUGUUAUUUAGGUAUAAAUCUUUUAGGAAUAGGACUACAUAGUUAUGGUUCAUUUACACCUAAUUGA